AUGUCGAUGUCCCACUACGGCAGCACCGGCAACCUGUCGCUGGGCAAUCGACAGGCCAGCCCGUCCUACGCGAGUCUGCAGCGGAAUCAGGAUGAAUACAACCGCUUUGAGACCAAGCGUCACCACGACCGCUCAUCAGAAGAACGUCGCCUGCGUGAAUCCAAUGAGUCGAAAUUCUCCGGAUACGGCAACCGGCCCGGCACCGGUGUGGAGAUGACGGAGCACAGAUGGACCGGCGGAGAGCUGAUUACAGACCCAUCGCAGCUUCCAAAAUCGCUGAAGCCGCGUCGUAUGUUCUAUUCGCCUAUCGGUGACGGUGUCGUCGCUGCUGAUGGUGUUGAGAAGAAGCGUGGCCCAGUCGACCUCACCCCCCGCGUCACCAUCACCACACUCUCAAAAAUUGACCGCGGAGAGCGCGGACAAGGCGGAGUCAACGUCUAUGAAAAGGAGUGGCACUCCACCCUUCCUGGCGAGGGAGCCGCGGGGUCAGUGUUCGACGGCAAUUUCCCGAAUAUUCCGGAUGGAGUGGACAGAGGAAACCGUGGCCCACAUACAGACAAUGGCAGCGGACUGCAUGGACCAGCAAAACCCACCUCGGUCACGCCAAAUACCGGACUGGGAGGUCGCGGGGGGCCUUCCGGACCUGGAGGCCCGGGCCGCGGAUCUGGACUCGGUGAGCCCUACCCAGCCUACCCAGCCUACGAGGAGCCAGUACGGCCGUUGAGCUCUGCCUCCACGUUCGACCCGUACCGUGUCGUCGAUACCAAGACCGGAUAUUUGAUCACAAACCCCCGGGAGCUUAUCCACCAAUUUGCCACGACGACUCCGAUUGCUACUAUGGGCCUCGAUGAUGGCACCCCACUGACGAAGCACACCAGCGUCAAGUCGAUGUACAGCACGCUGGAGACGCAGGAGACUGAGCAGAGGUUCGCCCCGUACGCCCCGUACCGAGUCCAGAAUGGCUCGUCGAGCCAUGGUGGCAACAGCGGCGUCGUUUCCCCCAAUCGUUUUGUGCGGAAUUUGAGGGAUGAGACCAUGACCCACUCACAACGUGAAGCCAACACUCAUCUGGAUGCGUUGAACCAGAGGGACCCGAACUCCAGCCAUCGCGUUCAGGAAAUCCGCCAAAAAACUAUGCACCGCGGCGGCAACGACGAUAUCGAUCAGCUGACCAACCAGCUCGUCCAUGGCCUUAACGCCCGAUAU